AUGUCCCAACACGGAGAAGACCCCAAGGCCUCUACAUGGGUCGUCGCUGGCCGACGAAGUUCGACAGCGUCCCGGGCGCCAGAAAGGAGGUUGGCGGAGGAGUUGAAUCGAGGAGGUCCGGAGGGAUAUAGGGUCGUCAGAGGUGGCAGCUGGAGAGCCGCCUCUAGGCCCCUGAACGCCGUGGCCGCUGGUCAUGGGGAACCGCCGCUAUGUUUCGCUUUGAAGAACCACUUUGUCGGCGCGGUGAUCGGUCGUGGUGGGUCGAAAAUAAAGCAUAUACAAAGUACAACAAACACCAUAAUCCAAAUAAUACAAGAAAGACGAGAAUCAUUAGUCAAAAUAUAUGGCAGCAAAGCAAUGCAAGGAAAAGCAAAAGCAGUGAUAGAUAAUUUUGUGAAAAAGCUAGAAGAAAAUUCAGAAUGCAGAGUUGAUUUACCACCGAUUAAGAAAAACUUUUAUAAAGAGUCGGCUGCCACAAGUGCGAUGUCCAAAGUACAGGCAGAUAGUUGGAGGAAAGAAAAUUUUAAUAUAACAUGGGAUGACUUGAAGGAUGGGGAGAAACGACCUGUCCCCAAUCCAACCUGUACAUUUGAUGAUGCCUUUCAUUACUAUCCUGAGGUUAUGGAAAACAUUAAAAAAUCAGGUUUUCAAAAGCCAACACCUAUUCAGCAUUCCCCCAGCACCUUCUCCCUAGUGUUCAAACACUUUAAAGGUAAAAGGAAUAGACCUGGCAUGUUAGUUCUAACUCCCACUAGGGAGUUAGCACUUCAAGUUGAAGGAGAAUGUUGCAAAUAUUCAUAUAAAGGACUUCGGAGUGUUUGUGUAUAUGGUGGUGGAAACAGAGAUGAACAAAUAGAAGAGCUUAGAAAAGGCGUAGAUAUCAUAAUUGCAACUCCCGGAAGAUUGAAUGAUCUUCAAAUGAAUAACUUUGUCAAUCUGAAGAAUAUAACCUACUUGGUUUUGGAUGAAGCAGAUAAGAUGCUAGACAUGGGAUUUGAACCCCAGAUAAUGAAGAUUUUGUUAGAUGUGCGCCCAGAUAGGCAGACAGUUAUGACCAGUGCUACAUGGCCACGUUCUGUUCAUCGCCUCGCACAAUCUUAUUUGAAAGAGCCAAUGCUUGUCUAUGUUGGUACAUUGGAUCUUGUUGCUGUAAGUUCAGUGAAACAAAAUAUAAUUGUAACCACCGAGGAAGAGAAAUGGAUUCACAUACAAACUUUUCUACAGACUAUGACAUCCACAGACAAAGUCGUAGUCUUCGUUUCUCGAAAAGCUCUUGCGGAUCACUUAUCAAGUGAGCUAAUACUUGGAAAUAUGUCAGUAGAGUCUCUGCAUGGAGAUAGAGAACAGAGAGACCGGGAAAAAGCAUUAGAGAACUUUAAAACAGGCAAAGUGAGAAUACUAAUUGCAACUGAUCUAGCCUCUAGAGGGCUUGAUGUCCACGAUAUUACACAUGUCUAUAAUUUUGACUUUCCACGGAACAUUGAAGAAUAUGUACACCGAAUAGGGCGCACGGGAAGAGCAGGGAGGACUGGUGUUUCCAUUACAACUAUGACUAGAAAUGAUUGGCGGUUCGCCCCCGAAUUGGUUAAUAUUCUGCAAAGAGCAAAUCAGACUAUUCCUGAUGACCUUUUAUCAAUGGCUGAGAGGUUCAAGGCGCGUCAACAGAAAAGAGAAACGGAAAGAAAAAUGGAAAGACCUCAAGGAAGGCCCAAGAAGUUUCAUUAAUGUCUUCUGUACUAGUGUGGUAGAGGUAAAAGUUCAGUAACACACGGACCUUAAAAUGCCUGGUUUCUUAAACAAGGCUCUGUGAAUAAUGUUUAUUACAAUGAGCAUUAUAUCGUAAUGUUGUAUUUAUUA